CAGCGCCGCUGAGGACGCGCCGCCAGCCGACCGCCGCCGACCGCCGCCAGCCAUGGCCGAGUUCUGCAUGGCGCUGUCGCCCUCCGCCUCCACAUCCUCCGGCAUCUCUAGCCUGGUGGGCUGCGUCACCGAGGUGGGCGACCUGCCAGAGCUGCCGGCCCACGACGAGGAGCGGCUGCAACGCGCCGCCCUGCUGCUGCAGCAGCGCCUCAUCCUGCGCCAGUGGCUGCUGCGCCACCAGCUGCAGCACCACUACCAGAGGUUGCUGGGUGUGGACGUGGCAUCGCUGGACGAUGUGUACUGGCUGGAGGACUCACGGGCACGCAGCCUGCUGGGCAAGGACUUUGUGGCGUGGGCGGCGGCGCGCCAGGCACUACCCACCUCCAAGGAAGACCUGGCGCGCCUCAAGGCGGACCUCUGGAGUGCUGUCGUCAAGUCCACGCAGCACGAGGAUGCCUGGACCUGGGGCGGAAUGUUGGUAGUUUCAGUCUCGGUGGCAGGGCUCGUAACAUUGGCAGCAAUGACGCAGCCUGCCCUGGCACCAGAGGCAAAACACACACUAUUGCAGUAUGUAACAGGGAAGUACUUGCUACCUGGAAACUGCAAAGUUAAUUUCGAAUGGGAGGAUCCUCAGAGAGUUGGGGAGACUAUGACAUUCACUGUAAAGUUCUACCAACGCAAUGGCCAGCCUUAUCCUAUAUGUGACACAGACAACCUCUUUGUGGAAGUUACCGAGGGUUCUCACCGAGUAGCAACUGUAUCACAACUGGGAGGAACUGACCCAAGUGCUGCUAACACUGCUGUUGUCAAAUUUACUGUGCGACAUGCCGGCCAGUACCGAAUAGCGGUGCUCAUUGGCAGCUGCCAUGUCCAGGGUAGUCCCUUCCUCAAGAAUUUCCUGCCAGGUCCGCCCGACCCACACAAGACAGUGUUUGUGCGACAUUCUUCAACAGUUGUUUGUACAGCAGGCAUGCCUCACUCUCUUAUGAUAGAGCCACGUGAUGAGUUUGAUAACCUAUGUGUGUUCGAUGCCAGCAGUUUGGGUACAGAUGCACCAACAGAAGGUUAUGCAAUAGCAAUAACCCAGUUGAGCCUGGCUCUGCUGAGACAGGUUGGAUCAUCUGUGUCUGGUUCAUGUCCUUCACCUCCUUACACAGCAGAGUUUGACUAUGACUGGCUGAGCCAUCGUGUCACUCUGCAAGUUCGUUUUCCGUCUGAGGGUUGCUUUCAUGCAUCCGUUUCAUACCGUGGCACUGAACUACGUAAUGGGGACUUCGACAUUAUUGUUUUAAGUGUAAGUGAUGCCGCUCUUGUGAACAAGAAUGUUGCAUCAAAAAAUCACAACAUUUGUUACGAGGCUCGUCUUGUGAGUUUACAUGGAGAACGCCUAUCGAAGCCAAAGAAAGUUUUUUGCUACGUUUCUCCAAAGCAACUCACAGUUAAAGAACUGUUGCUUAAGUUCAUUCCAAAGAGGAUCAUCACAUUUCGCCUGUGUCCAUCCACUAAGUUCACCUUUCUAGGAAACAACAAUCAGUAUGGUCAACCUUCAUUCAUUGUGGAUGAUGGAUGUCAGCCAAAAGUUGAACUUGCAGCCAAGGACCGGAAUGUUAUUGCUGCAACAUUUACUCAUUUCCUGCUAAAGAAUAUUGGUGGAUCAGAGACUUUCAAAGAUAAACAGGACUUUUUCUACCACGAAGUUCGGAAGUACCACCAGAAACAUUAUCACGAAAAACUGCCCAUGAAAAUCUGCCGUGAAAAGCUUCUGGAGUCGUCAAUGAAAGCAACAAAAAACUUCUCUGUGAGUGACUGGUGUCGAAACUUUGAGAUAACCUUUCAAGGAGAACAAGGUCUGGACUGGGGUGGUGUACGACGAGAGUGGUUUGAACUUGUGUGUGCAGCAUUGUUUGAUGCACGCAAUGGUCUCUUCAUGAGCUUUUCAGAUGGUCAGCAAGCACUUGUACAUCCUAAUGUUCAAAGGCCUCCUCACCUCAAGUUGAAGCACUUUGAGUUUGCUGGUCGAAUAGUUGGCAAGUGCCUUUACGAAUCAUCUCUUGGAGGUUCCUACAGACAGUUAGUACGGGCACGGUUUACGAGGUCAUUUUUGGCACAACUCAUUGGUCUUCGUGUGCACUACAAGUACUUUGAACAAGAUGAUCCGGACCUCUAUCUUAGUAAAGUGAAGUACAUUCUGGACAAUGAUGUUGAAGAAAUGGAACUUUAUUUUGUUGAAGAGGAGUAUGACCGCACAGGCCAGCUAACAAAGGUGGUGGAACUGAUUCCUGGAGGAAGCAAGAUACAUGUAAGGAAUGACACAAAACAUCAGUACUUGGACAGCCUAGCACAGUACCGUCUUGCAACCAGUGUCCGGGAUGAGGUUGAUCAUUUCCUGAAGGGCCUUAAUGAACUCAUACCUGACAACUUGCUCAGCAUAUUUGAUGAAAAUGAACUGGAGCUGCUGCUAUGUGGAACUGGGGAAUACAGCAUUGCUGACUUUCGUGCAAAUCAUGUUGUAUCUGGUGGAUCUCCUGAGUUCCGAAGAGUGCUUGACUGGUUCUGGACAGCAGUCAGCAAUUUUACACAAGAAGAGCUAGCAAGGUUACUCCAAUUUGCCACAGGCUGUUCACAGUUACCACCUGGGGGCUUUGCUGAACUCAGUCCUCGAUUCCAGAUAACGGCUGCACCCACUUUUGGAAGCUUGCCAACAGCUCACACAUGUUUCAACCAGCUGUGCCUCCCCGAUUACGAAAGCUAUGAGCAAUUUGAAAAGGCUCUGUUACUAGCCAUCAGUGAGGGUACAGAGGGUUUUGGAAUGAUAUGAUGUCAUCAGAAUGUCAAAUGACAUUUACAAUAAGUAUAUAGUUUGAUGCACUGAAAAACAGCAUUUGACACAUCGAUCACCACCACUUCACAUUACAAAAUGGCUCCAGCGAAACACUAGGGUCUGCUUCUGGAAUGCAGAUUAUUACUGAUAAAAAAACUUUCAGAAACACUAGCAAUAAUUUGAUUUUCACAUUAUAAUACAACGUAAUAUAUCUGCAAGUUGUGUAAAAUCAAUGUACUACUUGUGUAUAGAUUUGUUUUUAGUUUAAGGUGUUCCUAUUUUUAUUUCUGGAAGUUCAUGAUUGAUAAUAAACUACAUUUGUGUGCUUCUGUUAUGUACAUAAUUACCUUGGAUGAAAAUGUCAGGGACUGAUAUGAAAAUGAUGUGACAAACUAUUCAUCAGUAUUUUUGUAAUAUUGGAUGCACUAGUGCAUCAGGCACAAUUUUUGCCUUCACAUUGUAGCACAUAAAUGCUGUUUGUUAUCCUCUGAGCAUGAGCACAAUAUUAAGAUUCAGAAAUAAUUGUUCUUUAGUAAAGAAACAUCAGCAUCAUAUUUUAAAACAUAAGUGAUUUUGUUGCAAUAGCUGUUUUAUCUUUUUGAUUUUUCUGGUUUCUGUAGGUAGGGUCUUUUAUGUGUUGUUGUUAAUGUCUGUAACAUAUACCAUAAUUUGUAAAAGAUACAUAUGUACAAGAACAUGGUCUCUUGACAGUUACCAUUAGUUUUUGUUCAUACAUUUAUUUAUUUGCACAGAAAUGUUAGGAGAAAUGUAAGAAACUGAGCAUAAUUGAUUCAUAGAAUCAGGUAACAGCUAAAACUUCUGAUCAAACUAAUGCAGAAAAUUAAUAAAUCUUUUAAUAUACUUGGGUACAUUUCAUCUUCAUUUUUGUCACAGGCAAAAUGAGACUUCAGAUUCCAUAUUUUGAUUAAUAAAACUGUUGCAUGAGCAGGGUAGGUUAGUGUUAACUCCAAUUACCAGGUUCCACAUAGUGGAAGUCCUGGCAGUAACUAAUUGCAAAAGGCAUCUCGUGAUGCUUUGUUUGAGGGAUAACCAUAGAUGACAAUAUUUGUUAUUGUAGCAAUAAAAGAGAUGUUUAGUGAUGACAGUAUUGUUUGAUAAAUAUUGUUUUAAAAUGAAGUUAAUAAGACACUGUGAUAUUUUAAUAAUUUACGGGGCUUUAACAUACAUUAGUAAGUGCACAACAUGAGAAACAGUGCACCAGAAUAUCCAGUGAAUGCAGACAUAAGCAAUACUUGUCCUUUUUUUAUGUUCGUGAUGUGUUAACGGAUAAGGUAACGUAUUGUACUGUCCUAGCUAUUAAGUCAAUUACAACGUUAGAGUGUGGGAAUUAUUCACAACUUGUUUGUGGUUUUAUUUUGCAAUAAUACUUCCUUCUGAACUGAGAUGUGCAUGUGCAAUGUGAUUAUUGUUCAACACACAUUCAAUACCGUAUGCUGACAUAUGACUUUAAAAAAAUGCACUGCAGUGUUUUGGCAGUUUGUGGUCAUCUGUCACCUGCUAGUGCUUUACUAAUAAAUUUCUAGACUGUUCUAAAAUUUUGGUAUUGUAAACAGGCUUUUUGUAAAUAAUACAGCUAUAGAAAUAGUCCAGUGAAAAAAAAAUUAUUUUUACAAAUGUUACUAUUGUUCCCAUUUUGGAUUUUUGUAGUAAUAAAAACGUUUCUUUUAGCCUAGUAAAA